UUUAUUUCAGCACACACUGCUGCACAUCAUCACACAGAGCGUGUUUCCUCCACACUGCUUCACUUCUUCAUCUGCUGACGGCGAAUCACUAAAAACUGAAAAUGGGGAAAAUUAAUGGAUGCCUCAAAUGCCUCUUUAUCUUCUUCAACGUGCUGUUUGCAAUCAUCGGAUGUUUGCUGAUCUAUGGGGCGGUGAAGGCCACCGCCUACAGCUACCAGAUGACGGCAUUUGGGACCCCGAGCCUGGGUUGGGCCUGGGUGUUUGCCAUAGGCGUCCUUGGCAUCUCCUGCCUGGGAAUCUACGCGGGCUGCUCUGAGAAAUCCCUGGCCCUAAAAAUCUUUGCAGGCUUCAUGGGGGUCGGAUUGAUCAUCAUGCUGAUCUUUGGCAUCAUUGUCGUUGUCACCAGAAACAAGAUCAGAGAUAACUUUGAUAACGCCUCCGCUGAUGUGGCAAAGCCCUUCAUGGAAGACGAGGGACUGAGAGAUUUGCUUGAUGGCCUACAGCAAUCUGUCCACUGCUGUGGAGUGGUGAGCCCCAGUGACUGGGGUAAUGAAAUCCCUACGUCCUGUGAGUGCAAUCCAUACGCAGGAGAAAUGGCAGUCCUUGGAUCCACCUAUAAAUGCACAUCCAAACCAUGGGGAACCACUGGCCCAGACCAGAUCUAUGAACAGACCUGCAGCGAUGUCAUCUUUGCGUGGUUCAACAUCAUCUUCCAGAUUGCCAUGGGCUUCUUCUUUGGAUGUGCUGUUAUUGCAGUGCUGGGCCUGAUGGUCUCCCUCCUGAUGAUCCAUCAGGUCAAAAAACAUGACAGUGCGGGAGGACCGUGCAUUCCCAUGAAGGGCUACUGAAGGGAACCAGCCAUGACCCCUGACCCUCAACCUCUGCACUAGAACUACGGGGAAAGCAGGAGACAGCGGGACGAUGUGGCAUGCUGCAGGAAGAUUUCGUUUCGGGGAAAAAGCACUGCCUCCAAGAAUGUUUUUCUUCCAGCUUUCUAUUGUAGAAGAUCUUGCUUGAAAAGCAAACAUUUAUUUUUCUGAAUUAUCUCUCUCUUUUGGUUAAAUUGACGGUAUGCAGUAUUGAAGUAGUCCUAUGUAAGAGGCAUAUUGUAGGAAAGAAGCCGUUUCUAAGCUCAACCCUUCUCCAUAUCUGACUAAAGCUAUAUUACCCCAAGGAGGUCAUCAGAGUUACCAAGGGAAAAAGCAACAAAAUAUUUUGGAAGAUCCUUGUUUUACAUCUUAUGCCCUGGUAAAACCAGAGAAUAACAACGUGAAGUUCGUCUCUUCAUCUUUGUGAAACUGGUGGUGCUAGAAGCUCGGUGAUGCAGUGACUACUUGUAGGGCUAGGUGGUAAACUAGCGUAGCUGGCGAGCUAACUGCUGACACGCUUAGCAGCAAGGAACGUUCUAGCACUAGUCUGUCACCAUAGCUCUUCCAGCUAAUUGCCUGGCUUGCUAACUGUCAUUUUACUUUAAGUUAAACAGUUAAAGUUCAGUUAGCAAGCUAGCUAGCAGGCUAAUAAGUCCGUGUGGUUUGUUCAAAAGACAUUUGUACCAAAACCACUGUCUACAAGCCAUUCCUGUUUUUUGGAGCAAUUUGCACUCCAGCAGAGGAGGUUAAAUGAAAGCGGACGGUGCAACACAGCUAAUAGGCUAAUAGGAUAGCUUCCUCCAUUUUGAACUCCAGUUUUUCAUAAUUUCAAAAGAUCAGCACUGUCAACAUGGUGUGUUAUUGGUCAACAGCACAAUUUUUUCUGCGUCAAAAUGCGGAUUUAAUUUGUCGCUGCAAGCAAAUCCACCAAUUGCAGCCAUUCCAUUGCAAUUUAUUGAGUUUGCUGCAAAAAAGUUUUUUUGCCCGGUAAGAUGAUCAAAAAUCAGUUAUGGAUGUACCCAGUACAAAAAAAAAAAAAUAGUUCCAGGAGUUGUUUAGCUUAACGUGGCACAAAGACUCAAGUGGGGGGAGACUGCUAGCUUUAAAAGCUGGCUUGUUAAACAAAUUGUCAGUUGCUUUAAUCUGAUCUGAAUCCGCACUGACAGUAACUUUUACAUGACUGCGCUUAGUAUUUCAGGCAAGGCCCGGAGAAAGUUAUAACAUGAGGAUUCUACUCGUGGCCAGUGUUGUUUGUUUUUUUUUUUUUUUUAAAUAAAAACCACAAGAGUAUUGUCGAAAUCGAAUGUGGUCAGUAACCUGGACAUUAUUUCUGAAGGCACUACCACCAUAAAGUCAUUAACAAAACUUUCAGAACCUCCUUGGGUUAAAAUGAUCAGGUCAGAAGAGCACGUGAGCGGUCACCUGUCUGAAUGUUUGUAAAAACUGUAUGUCAUUGAACUUGCAUGUUUUCCAAGCUAUAUGUAAAGCACUUAAUUCAUGUAAAAAAAGAACACGCCACUGGAAUGCUAUUAUGACGUUCAUGACAUUUUGCCAUAUGAUUAACUGGCAAAUCCUGACCCAGCAUUUUCAAAAUCAGGAAAGUAUUUUUUUCUAUAGAGAGCAGGUAACGUUGGGAAAAUGGAGAUCCCAGCAAAACGUGCGGCACUGAGAACAAAUAAGUUAGAGCAUAUACGUGUAUAACUAAUGCAGACGCCGAUGAAAGAUAAGAUUGCAUAACUCACCCAGAGUUUCGCUGACGAUAAGGCCAGGUGACAAAACCAAAGAACAACUCAGGGUUAGUUAAGUUUUCAGAUCUCCCACAGGCAGUGAACACCCCACCACUAUUAAAAAAAAAAAAAAAAAAGGGGGACUAGCAUUUAAAU